UGCUACGUGUUUGAUAACGCAGAACUAGUGCUCGACAAGCUUAGAAGACAAACUUUUGCCUACUAGUUUCAAUUAAUAUUUAUCAAAAUGGAUAUAAGUGGCGUUUUAGCGUUAAAGUUUGUAGUAUUUAUAUUUGUUCAGGGCAUUUAUUGUGACACUGAAUGUGACUGUAAUACUAAUAAAGCACUAAUGGAAUUAAUACAGAAAGACUAUCUACAGAUGAGACUUGAAAACUUUAAAAUUAUGUCACGUCUGAGACGCCUAGAAAUAUCUAAACAAACUGUUUCUACACAGUCGGAUUCACUUACAGCAAAAGGCUCAAGUCAAUCGAAAGCGGGGGAUGGACUUGACAAGCUCGACGCUAACUAUGCAAACGUUAAAGCACAAUCGGAGCGGAUGAAAAGUAUGGAGGCUAAAAUUACUAACAUAACAGCGCAAUCCGAAAAAGUCAAACACGAUAUCGAGGUCAAACACGCAAAAACAGCAAAAAAUCUGGAGCGAAUUGAUAAGAUCGAGGAUAACAUUAUAAAAAUAGAAGAAAAAUUAGGAGUGAUGAACAGAAAUGAAGCCAGUUCUACAAAUGGCUAUAAAAUGGCAUUUGAUUUAAGAAAUUUUGUUAGAAAAAGUUUACUGGCAGAAAAAACUGGUAGACUUAUGUUUGCUUCCGACAUCAGAAUUCAAAUAGAAAAUAUAAAACAUUCAUUUUCUGAGUUCAAGACUGAAACAGCCACUUUGGUACAUAAUCAAAGUGUUUCAUUGUCUACAAAACAUGAAGCUUUUACGGAACAGAUGACCAGGCAAGUUGCUGAAGUAAAUCGUCAGAUACACACAGAUAUAGGAGAUAUUACUUUAGAAUUAAAUAAAGUAACUGAAAAAGUUUCCAAGAUGAGUACGACUUUGAAUGAGAUAACAGAUGAAGACAAAACUGUUCACGGAGGCUGGAGCGAAUGGGUAGGAUGGAGUUCAUGCCCUGCAACCUGUGGAGUAGGGAUACAGAGUCGUACCAGGACUUGCAGUAACCCUGUUCCAGACCGUUUCGGGGACCAUUGUUUCGGACAGAAUCUUGAAGACAGAGUGUGUCAAUUAGGACCGUGUAUAAAUACGGACUGCUAUGAUGUACUCAACAAAGAAAACAAUGCUGGAAGUGGAGUGUAUUCUGUAAACUUGUGGAAGUCCAAACGCACGAUCAAAGUAUACUGCGAUAUGAACACUGAUAACGGUGGUUGGACUGUUUUCCAAUAUCGCUUUAACGGUUCAGUUGAUUUCUACAGAAACUUUUCGGAAUAUGAGACAGGGUUCGGAAAUUUGGAAACAGAGUUUUGGCUAGGUCUUAAAAGUGUCAAGGAAAUGGCAUCUCAAGGUAAAACUGAGUUAAGACUGGAUCUAACGGCGGCUGAUGGCACUACUGCUUAUGAAACUUUCCAGAACUUUUACCUUGACGAGGGUCCAAACUAUACUCUCCACAUUGAUCAUGGAACGGGUACAGCAGGUGAUAGCCACGGUUUGUCAUAUAAUAAUGGUCACCAUUUUUCAACUUACGACGCUGACCGUGAUGGUAUAUCUUCUAAACAUUGCGCUGUCAAAGACCAUGGUGGAUGGUGGUACGCCAAGUGCGCCUUCGCCAACCUGAAUGGAGAGUAUGUAACACCAGGAACAAAGCGACCAGGCAAUGCAGAAAGGGGAAUGAUCUAUACGUCGUUUCAAUUUUUGAAAUCGCUAAAAGCCGUUAAAAUGAUGUUCCGGCGAGUUUGAAAUCCAGGUGGCUGAAAUUUUAUUCAGGAAGCAGUUUUCAUUUCAAAGUCUUUCAUGAAGUUGAUAUGUGAUUUUUCAUGACGUAUACUAAAUGCAAAUGAAACUGCACCUUUUGAGUAUGUUUCAGUUUGGAAGAAACUAUUUUGGUGUUGAUACUCUUGGUUCCAUGUGUAUGAAUCCUCCAAAUAACAUCUGUUCAUAAUUAUUCUUCUGUCAUUCAAUAUUUAAAUGCUGCACAAACCUUGUGUUGUAAUGGUAUAAAGUAUAUGAUAUAUCUAUGUUCAGUUUUUACAUGUAUAGCUUACUUUUCAUAUAUCAUGUUUUAAUUUUCAUUUUAGAAGUAUCCAUCACGCUUACUAUUCAUUGAUAGUACUACCUAUUAAUUUCUUCUUCCUAGUUCGUUAUCUAUAAUUGAAAAAAUAUUAUUCCUGCAAAUAGCAUGCAUUAGCCGGUAGCGUUUUCAUGGUCACAUUUUAUAUUAUGGGAGAAUACUGAAUAAUUUUUGUUACUUUUAUAGAUAUUGUUUCAUGACUACAUAAUCAUUACUAGCAUUAGAUUCUAGACUUGUGAUUUAUCUAAUGAUAAAAUUAAUGUAAAAUCCUAUUCAUAUGGCAUAUUUAACUGAAAGAUGUUUGAAAUAAGUCUUUUUUAAAGACAUGACAUUUUUGCAGAAGAUUAUUUUAGGAUUACAGUACUGUAACAACAUAGCAUUGUUAUUGGUGUAGGUCAAUAUUUUUAUUAAAUUUUUUAAUAUCCAUAACCAGGGCAUACUUCCAAACAUUUGUGGUUUAUAUUUUAAACGAAGAAUUUUAUUUCUCUAACAUUACCGAUACCAUAGUAAAAUGCACAGAUAGUUUCAAAUUGUAUUUUCUAUAUCCACACUUUGUUUUGUUGUAUAUUGUUAUGUUUGUCAGGUUUUAAGAAAUUUCAUUCUAAAUUUUGAUACAAUUUAGGACCAAACAUGUUUUUUGUUAUAAAACACACGUGCAUUCGAGCUAAUUUCAGCUCCCGUUAAACAUAAUAUAUCUUUAUUUAAGAAAAAUCAGCAAGUAAACAUUUUAUAAAACUGUUUGUCUAAAGUAUGAAUUGAUAUUUAAUAAACUGGUAGAGGACGUAAAUAGUGUUGUUUCUUACGUUUAUUUGUUUGAGCUUUUAUUUUUUAUUUUUAUUUUCGAGCCCUAAACAUUCAAAGAUAGCCUUCUCUGCUACUAAACAAAACAAAUAACAGAUUUUUAGUAUGUCAAAAACUAACAACCAUAGUUAUUUUGCCACCAAAUGGAGUUAGCAUUAAAGAUAGAUGUCAUACUGUUCAGAUAUCUUGUUGAUACUUGUAGGUACAGUUAGAUGAAUUAAUUAUAAUACUGGCUUGGAUCCAGUAACCGGACAAAUUUUCAUAUUUUUCCUUCAUUUUUU